GGAAAGAUUCGUGUAAACUAUCCUGGUGAUUGUGUGCUCCACGUGUUGAAUACAAGACAUAACCAUAAUUUUGUAACCUCGAAUAUAUGUCUUCCUAUAUCUAAUAGUUAAUUCUCUAUGUUAUAUAUUUAUAUUGAAAAUAAAUAAUAUGACAAAAUAUUGCUAAAAAAUUGUUAUAAUGGCGUUGUCAAGAGAAUUAUUAAAGCGUUUGAAUUCAGAAGACAAUCCUUUACCGAAACGAUUAAAAUUAGCAGAAACUGCAUUUUCUGCUGUGAAUCUACCACUUACUCGGAAAGAGGAUUUACUUCUGGAAUGGCUAUGUAAACAAUGUGUUACAAAUCAACAUACUUGGAGAACACUAAAUAAUUGUUUAAAAUCUUCUCAUAUCGACAUUAAGAUCAAUGUCAAACAAUAUUUGAUUGAUGUGCUCAUAAAAACAUUAAACAAUGAUAUGAAAGAUGAAUAUGAAGAAGUUCUGGAGUGCUGCAGUUUAGUUCUUACUAACAAUAGUUUGCGGCAAUAUUUUACAAAUAAACCAAAGAAUUUAGGUAUCUUCGUAAAAGCUUUCUUAAACAGUAUAUUGAAACACUCCAAACAUACAACACAAGAGGAAUUCAGCAAACCACAUGAAUCAUGUCUAUUAUCAUCUGCAGAAAAUAACGCAAUAAUAAGUAUUGUUGAAAGUCUAAUGCAAAUAUACAAACAAAUGAUGACUGCUAAAGAUGAAUUGAGAUUAAUUUUUAUAAAUAAUAUUUUGUUUCCUUUAUGCAAUUUAAUUGACCAUAGACACAUAGAUAACACAAACAAGCUUGGUAUAGCAACAUACAAAUGCAUUCAGCAGUUGCUGCUAGGAAAAAGCAAAUCUAUGCAAAAUAAACAGACUGUAGAAAGUAGUCAAGCAAUUUUCUCAGAUCUAUUUUAUAUGUUAUCUGAAAAUGUGGAAACAUUAAAUCUUGAGAGUAAUAUUUUAACAUAUAAAUUUAUUUUUCGUGCUGUAAUAGGCACUUAUAAAUCAGACGCUGCUGUAUUGGAUGUGUUUUUCAGAAAUCUAAUUAACUCUUCGGGAAAAUAUAAAUGGGAAAUUUUGAAUACUUCUCUCAAUCUGUUAAAUGAUGUAAUGCUUGAUUUCGAUAAUAUCAUAGAAGAUGUCACACUAUCUGAAUAUUUUCAGAAAUUUAUAAGUGACAUUUUAACACAUGACGACAUAACAUGUGUGCAUUAUGGAAUACUUAUACAACUUUCAUAUAUCAAUCCACUUCUGAUAGAGAGAAAUAUUUCAGACAUUUUAAACAAGAUACUUUUGAAAGAGCAAACUAUUGAUCAUACAAACUUAUUAAUUGCAAUUUUGCAUGCCAGCACAAAAUUGAGACGAGAACAAAAGUUUAUGACACAAUUGUUAAUAUCAUUGAAGCUAAUUACAACAAAGAAAAUAUAUAAGACAAAUACGUCCACAUUUCUUUCAAAGGAAUUUAGAAUAAAAUUGAUAAAAACAAUUAGCAAUUUUUCCACUUCGCAAACGAUAGCAACUUUAAAAACAUUAACAUAUUAUUUAAACACAGAUUGUCUGGAAUUGUUACAGGAUAAUACUUCAUGUAAAAAUAUAUUAUUAUUGAAGGUAACAAUAGAAUUGCUUAUUAUACUUUUUGAAGGGAUGCAAAUUUUUGAGUAUACCAGAAUAUUGUCUGUCCAUGAAAAAUUUGUCAACAAUUUGGAUGUACUGCAAAAUGCUUUAUCACUAUUAAUAAACAAAGCAUUGUGUUUAGCUCAUAAUAAAAGUGUUAUUAUACUACUGCUCAGUGCAGUGCUAUCACUGAGUGAAAUGCAGAAUAUGUUGAAAUAUUACAUGCCAAAAGGUGCCAUUAUGAGGAAAUUAUCUUUUCCAAUUCUGGAUGAUUCUUGGCAGCAGUUAAUCCAAAGAAUAACCAACUUUGGAGAAGAUAAUUGCAAAAAUAUCAUGAAUAAACUUAUUUUACAUCGUAUAAGAUUAAAUAUAUCAAAUGAACCUGUUAAACUCGAUAGUUUAAUAGAUGGCCUUGAGUAUUUUUGGAGCACAAUCUUGAAACAUGAGACAAAUAUACUUUCGUUGUUACGUGACAAGGAAAUAUCCAAAAUAACAUAUCUAUUGUUGACUGAUAUGACAUCAAGUGAAAAGAAUUUUCAUGAAUGGCUUGACACAUUAAAUAAUGAAUACGUACAAGAAAAUAGGUACUUUGUAAUGUACCUCCUAAGUCAUAUUCUUGCCCAAAUUGGACAAUACUUGUCAAUGGGAUCUACAAGCUCCAUUACAGAGCAGAUUAAUUCUAAAUUGUUGUUGGAGGUCGAGCAUUGUGAUAAAUUGCUAGAAGUUUUGCAAAUUGUAAAAGAGCAGAUAUCACAAGAACAAUGGGUACAAACAACAAAUGCAACUUCCUGUAAAAUUGAAUUACAUUUGGAAAUAUUGCUUCAUUUACCGAUGAUAUAUCUUAACUCUAAUGUAAAAACAUUAGUUUUUCUCAUUGUAUACUCCAUUAGCAGAGAAUGUAAAGAAAAUGAUAAAAUAUCGACGUUAUGCAAUAUGAUAUUUUCUGAUUUAUUAGAAAAAGCUGGCAUCGACAUAUUUCAAUAUAUAGAACCAACAAUAUUUAUAAAACAAUUACCACAGAAUAAAACAUUUUCAAAAGCUUGCGAAGUUUCUCUUCGCAAUGUGACAACAUAUGCCACUUUAAAGAAUCUCAUAAAGAGUUGUGCUGACUGCAAGGAAUCUAUGUGUAUUGUUCUAGAAUGCAUGGAAGUCGUGAGAUCAAAAUUAAAUACUGAACAAAAAGUUAUUUUUAGAAAAGCAGAAAGAAAAUUAGCCAAAGCUAUUUUAAAAAUAUUACCUGAAGAAAUAAACGAUACUUUAGAUAUAAAAUGUUUGCAAGCAGUAUUAAAAGUAACUAUUCCAACUGGUAAAGUUAGCAUUAAUUUGAAAAAAUUAACUGAACUAACUCUCAAAAAUAUAUUUGCAGCAAAAGAAAAUUCAAGCAAUACAGAUGGCACAUUGUUGCAAGAAAGUGUGAAGUUGACUAUUAUUGUUUUACAACAUCGUAAAGCAUUCGAAAUCCAAGAAAUGACCAUCAAGAACAUAUGGUUCGUAAUGUUAAAACAUUCUUGCAAAAAUUUACUCGAACCCCUAUUGAUGUCUACAGGAUUAAAAGAAUUUUAUGAGCUGUUAAAACUGCUGCAUGACGAAACAGUCAAUAGUUUAUUACAAGCAGAUGAGGCAGUAUGGACAAAUUCGUUUGUCAUUUGGAAUAGUAUAAUAAAGACGAACAUGAAUGCCAAACGUAAUAAAAUGCGUUUGGUUGCGAUCAAUAAUCUAUUCCAAAUUAUAUUAUCAUUGUACAUUCCUGAUAAUUAUUGGUCAGGCCUGUUGCAUUUGUCUCAUGACAUAAUCGGUGCCAAGCACUUACUUAUUCCCGACAUUACAGUUGAUCUUAUUAUAUUGAUUGGUUUAAAGUCACUUGACAAAGUAAAAAUAUCAUGGUGUGAAGACGUUCUUGCUAUAUGCGGAACACUGAUAAAAAUCAGAACAAACUUAAUAACGGACAGAUUACCUAAUUUAUUACUUUUGUAUAGGAAUGUAAUAAAUAUCAUUGUUCACGCAUCAAAAAGCGUAGCGGAUAAAUUCGAUGAACACCGAUUUAGAUGUCUUGCACUUGAUAUUGAAAAACUUACAGGGCUGCUGAUAAAAUUAAAAAAAGACAUGAUUCGUCUAAGCCCAUAUGUGAUCGCUGAUUUCUUACAACUAAUUGUGGAAGGCACUAUACCUUUCUACAUUAAGAUGGCUUUGCAUAAUUCUCUCUGCCAAUUGAUUGGCAUCUGUGAUCAACACGGAAUCGCCUUUUUAUCUCGUACAUUACCGACGUCGUUGCAGGAAGUCUUUAAAGCGCAAUUAGAUACGUUCAAUAAGUUUUACAAAUACUCCGGCAAAGUUUAAAUCUUGACUGAUUCUUUUUAUAAAAUUUAUUUUUCUGAGAAAUUAAAAUUAGAUAAAGAAACAGAGAAGAUAACGUACUAUAGUUCAUGUAAAUUUAAUUUUACAACUAUAGGUAUACAUUCUAUAUGAUACAUGUAUCAUGAAUUAAAUAUA